GGCACCCGCCGCCGCGCCUGCUGCAUGCUCGGUGCUCAGCCCCAGCCGGAGGUGGAAGAUGGCGGAGCCGGGGCCGGAUUGCAGCUCUCUGCUCGACGAGGAUCUCUCCUCCUUCGUCUUCAGUUACCUAGCUGACAGCCAGUAUGAGGUGUCUGGCGAGGAGCACCUCUACUCUGACUUCCCCGAGAUCGAUCUGUCCCAGCUGGACGCCGGCGACCUGGACUCUGCCGGCUGCUUCAGCGAGCUGCAGUGGGGCGGGGAGCACUCGGAGACCGACUCCAGCCAGUACAGCACCGACGACUCCGAGCUCUUCCAGAUAAUAGACAGCGAGAACGAAGCGCUGCUGGCAGCCCUCACCGAGACUUUGGAUGAUAUACAGGGAGAUGACAUGGGCCUGGCUGCCUUCCGAACUAUGGAAGAGGGGGACACGCUCAACCCUGCCACCACCUCACCUGCCCCCUCCCCCAAACCCACCGCCCCGGUCACGGGGGGGCCGCCCCCGGCCCCCGAGGGUGAUGAGCUGUCUCUACUGAAGAAGCUGCUCCUGUCUCCAUCACCUCCGAGCUGCGAGGCCCAGCGGGACGGGAGCGCCCGGCGCCCGGGGACCCCAAAGUCCCGGCCCCCACGGCCCUGCACUAAGGUGGAGGGUCCCCGGGACAGGAGGGCAAGCGUCCCGCAGGCACAGAGCCGCAGCUGCACGGAGCUGCACCGGCACCUCACCUCCAGCACCUCCUGCUCCCAGACCAAAGCCCCCCAGGCACCCGAGGAGUGCCCCGGCAGCGGCCACCACCCGUCCCCGGGCGACUGCGCCCACCACGAGGACGACAGCGACUCCAGCGAGGACUCGCUGAGCUCCGGCGACUCGGCGGCCGCCCUGUCCUCGGCGGAGGAUGGCCCGGGCGGCCAGUUCUCCUGCGAUGGGGAGCUGCACUCGGUGCUGGAGCUGAUCCGCUACAUGCACACCUACUGCCUGCCCCCUCGCAAGCUGCCCGCCCGCGACCCCGCCGAGGGCAGGCCCCAGCCCUGCGGCAGCCCCUUCAAGAGAGCCAAACCGGACUGUGCCCCCGGACAGAGCCGGCCGGGCUGCGCCUGGCAGGCAGCCGGCAGCUGCAAGAAGCCUGGAGCAUCCUUCUCCAUCCUGAAGGAGCUGCUGGCGCGGGACCUGCUGUGCGACGUGAGCAAGCCAUACCGCCUGGGCAAGCCCGUGUACGCCGCCCUGGCGCGGCCGCCCGGCUCCUGCUCCCCCGUGCCGCCCGACGGGGAGGAUGCCAGCGGGACUUGCACGUCCAGAGCGAGAGAAGCGGCAGCAGAGAGGGGUGAGCCCCAGCAGAGCCCCGAGGCGGAGGCGCCGCGGGAGCCGGGGGCCCUUGAGGACGAUGCCGGGAGGCAGGAGGGGAAGGUGGCCCGCAAGCAGGACAGCGCUGUUUACGCCGUGCGCCGCUCCAAGAGACUCAACCCCGAGCUCGGGCACUGGCUCUCCUUCCUUGAGGAGCCCCACCCCGAGCCCUCCGUGCCCCUGGGCUGCAGGGAGGCCGCGCCCUGCCCGGUGCUGGAGGGCUUCUCUGCCGAAGAGCCAGCGGCCGAAGUGGAGGUGGGGGGCACAGCCCCGUCGGCGGAGCCCCAGCCCCUCUGCCUGGGCUCCCUGGGGGAUGGAGAGGUGGCCACGGAGGGCCGGCGUUGUGCCCUCCUGGAGCAAACAGAAACACCCAGGUGUCUCACGCUGUCCUUGGCACAAACUGACCCAACCUUUGGGAAGAGAAACUUUGAGCCAAUGCUGACCGUGGAGCUGUGUGGGACAGCAGGUCUCACACCGCCCACCACUCCGCCAUAUAAACCCGCCGAGGAGGACCUGUACAAGCCAGACAUCCCCCAGGAGGCAGGGAAGGAGGAGGGGAUGGCCCCCAGCCCCGGGGACGUGGCAGCCUCGCGGAAAGCCCCCAGGAAGCACCCGGAGAGGACGGAGCUGUUCGCCCACCUGAGCCGGGCGCGCCCGCUCCCCGAGCAGCAGGGCUUGCUCAAGCGGCCCUUCUCCCGCUCCUUCGGGGACCACGACUACUGCCAGGUGCUGAAACCCGAGCCUGCCCUGCAGAGGAAGGUGCUCAAGUCCUGGGAGCCCCCGAGCCAGGUGGAGACGGAGCACAAGAGGAGGGUCCCGGCCGCCCACUACCAGGGGCUGGAGCUCGGCAAGGACACGGGCACUGAGAUGCUCUGGAAGGACAGCGUCAAGCAGCUGAGAGACCAGGAGAUCAGAGCCAGCUUAACAAAGCACUUUGGCUUUCUGGACAGUGCCCUCGACGACGAGGACAUGGUCUUCUGCAAGACCCCCGAGUACGACACCGUCUUUGAGGACAGCUGCAGUGAGAGCGGCUCCCCCGUGGAGGAGGAUGAGGAGGAAGAGGAGGAGGAAGAGGAGGAGCACGGCGACACCAAGCUGUGCCUGAGGAGAAGCGCCCUUCCCAGGAGCAGUUUGCACUACUGCUCCCGGAGCAGGUCCAGCUCGGGCUCCUCGUGCUGCCGGUCGCGGUCACCUGCCAGCAGACGCACCUUCAGGUGUGAGAACGGCGAGCAGUGUCAGGGCGGGAGCGGGCAGCGGGGCCAGCUGAAGAAGAGACGGGAAAAGGCCAUCGGGGAAGGCCGGGUGGUGUACAUCAGAAACCUCUCCAGCAGCAUGAGCUCCAGCGAGCUGAAGAAACGCUUCGAGGUGUUUGGUGAAAUUGUGGAGUGUCAGGUCCUGACCAGGACUAACAGGGGGGAGAAGUACGGCUUCAUCACGUACCGGUACUCCGAGCACGCCGCCUUAUCGCUGAAGAACGGCCCCUCGCUGAGGAAGAGGAACGAGCCCUCCUUCCAGCUCAGCUCUGGUGGCCUGGGGCGCUUCUUCUGGACCAGAUACGCUGACCUGGAUUGCGGCACGGACGAGUCCUCCCCAGCUCCGGUGAAAAGCAAGUACGAGACCAUGGAUUUCGACAGCUUGCUGCAGGAGGCCCAGCUCAGCCUGCAUCGGUAACAGCCUUAACCUUGGAGGAAUACCUCAAUACCUCAGUCAAGGCACUUCCAAUAUGUUUACGUUUUCAAAGAAAUUAUUCAGUCUAUGGCAAGCGAGAGAGCGAGAGAGAGCGAGAGCACGCCCGCGAGAGAGAGACUGCUGUCCCCUGAUCGAUGUUUACAUUGAACAAAGCUGCUUCUGUCUGUGAGUCCCCAUGGUGUUGAUGUCUCACUGCCACACGUUAGUCCCCCCUCUGCUUCUGACUGGUUGUUUUAGGGUGAGCCUAGGAGCCCCCCGGCCCCUCUUCCCCCUCCCAGCCCUCCCCAUGCUCCCGCCGUGGAGUUGCAGCUGUGUUCACCGUAACAUUUUUUUGUCCGUAGUGUGUGAUGAUGAAAUUGUUCAUUGUGAAUAGAAUCAGGAUUAUAAACUAAUUUUUAAUAGAAGAAGAGAAGAAAAAAAAAAGUAUAUACUUAAAAAAAAAAUGUAUUUAUGGCUCAGAUGUACUGUAAUUCAGAUUUAUUGUACCGCUUCCUUGAUUUUUAACUAUGCACUGUAAUGAGGCACUUGCCACUCAGCAAAUGGGGGGUCAGAGCAGUCACAGAGCUGACAUUCCCCUGCCUCCCCUGCUGGCAAACCGGGGUGCUCGGUGCUUGCCCCGGGGUCACCCACUUUGCUGUCAAAGCCAUUCUUCGUGCUGGCGUGGCCCGAGCCCCCAGCAUCACCCCCAUGCUGAGCUGGGUCCUGGUGGGUGAUGGAUGCAGCUCUGCAGGCUGCAGAGGGUGGGAGAGGGAUGCACUGCCUGCAGCCAGCGCUGCUCCAGCCUCCACUACCUUUGGAGCCAGGAGAGAGGGGCUGGGGGGCUGCAGCCAGCUGGGCACGUGGGUCCUGCUGGCACAGCCUGGGGGAUGGAUGUCUCCCAGAGCUGGCUCCUCUCCAGCUCCUUGGAUGGCUGGGAGACUGGCCAGGCCUUGUGGCUUGAUCCACACUUGCUUCCACACCCUGCAAAGCAAGCGGGGUGAGAAGACCUGUCUGUGCUUCCCACUGGGCAGCCAGCCCCAAAUCCAGCCCAAAGCCAGCCCCAAAUCCAGCCCAAAGCCCAGCCCAAAGUAAGUCCAGCCCCAAGUGCAGAGAGGCGGGGCAGGCACGGCACUCCCACUGAGCACCCACCCAGCACCCUGCCCCGUAGCUGAUAAGCCAUACACGUCCCAGCACCCACCCGCACCCCGGAUCCGUCCAGCGCCCCAGGACGCAGCUCCGCCUCUGGCCAAGGGCCCUCGGCGCUGGAUUUAAGUUAAAAGGAACUUGUGGACUUGCCCUCCAUGUGUGGGUGUGGUGGGAAGGGGACACAGCCCCCCACCAGCCAGAGCAAAGCCCACCACCAGCCGGCCAGAGGCACUGUUUUCCCAAGGGAGUGGGAACCUUGUGCUCCUCAAGCCAUCGCCACCUUCUCCUUUUAUUUUUGAGCCCCAGAGACCACUAGGGAUUCAGCCAUCCUCUGUAGAUAGAAUAUUAUAGCCUUAACUCUGCCAAUAGAUAGAUUAGAGUCUCCUGGGGUCUCCCCUCCCCACGACCUGGGGGCUUUAUCCCCGGUUCCCUGGGUAUGUUCCGUCCCGCAGGGAGAGUGACCAAAGCCUCGGAAAUGGCACAAGACGUGAGGCCAGGAGCCGGAGCCCCGCCAGGGUGGCCCCUGGAGUGCAGCUGGGCUCUGGCAGGAGCAGGAACGCCGGCAGCGCCGACACCAGCACAGUUCCCUGGCUGUUCCCUCGGGAGAGCCGUGGUUCUGACAACACCCAGCCCGGCAGCGCCGGGGCCCGGAGGCCACCGCGGGGUCCCCGCCCCGCCGCCGGUGACCAUCGCUGCCAGGGAACAGUCCUUGUGCCAUUCCAGCCUCAGCAGUGAAAUCUGGCACCUCUCCCGGCCCCAAAUCCCCCGGUUCUCAUCCCACCUUAGCGACCACGAGCAGCUCUGGCCGAGACUGAGCAUCUGCUAUUGGCAAUUGCCUCAUUGUAGCUUUGCCUUUUUCUGUCCUAGUAUUUCCUCACGAUGAUGAUGUUUACAUGUGAUUGCUAUAGAGCUUAUGUAGAAUGUAUAUAGCGACACAUUUAGGGUGGGUAGUACUGUCCUGUGCUGUGCUGAUGUUUUUCAGAAAACGAUCAAUCCAAAUGAAAAAAAAAACCAACAGAAAAAAAAAAAAAAGAAAAAGAAAAGAAAAGGAAAAAAAAAAAAAAAGAAAAGCAAAUAAGUGGAAUUCUUCCAUCUCCCACUCAGCUGGGGGCACCCAUGGCUGGGCCCUGCUGGGGAUGCAUCAAGGGUGGUGGAGGGGAAGGGUUAGUGCAGAGCUGGGGGGGCUCCAGCCCACGCCAGGGGAUCACUCAGUCACUUCCCAAGCACUGGUUUUGGCGGACCCAGAUCCAGAAUUUCCCAGUGUUUUCCUGUGGCUGGGUGCCCUGGGUCGGCCCCAGCCCAGCUGCUGGGUCCCGAGGCCGGUGCUGGGGAAGGGGAGGGCUGGUUCUGCACAGAGCUCAUCAGUACUGCAGCCCUAGGGUAGGAGGAGAUGCAAUAAGUGGUCUUUGUGGUGCCUGAAGCCUAUAAGUGGGGUUGGGUUUUCUUUUUUUUUUAUUUUAUUUGGGUUUUUACUUUUUUCCCAUUCACUUGGGAUGGUUUGUUUUCCCUCCUCCCCAAAAAAAAUGUUUCUGUUCCAGAAUUAUGCACUAUGAUUAGAGCCCCUUGGGCUGUGUGCUGCCUGCCCUGGGGCUUCCCCCACCUUUUAGCACUGGGUGAAAAAUAAAUUUCCACUUGAUUUUUUUUUUUUUUUUUUUAUUUUGUGGGGGUUUUUUUUCACUCUAAAGGUGUCUUUAGCUCACAGUGCUCGAGUCUGCAGGAAGGUGGGUCGGGCACAGGGGCAGGUGAGAGCUCCCUCCUGAUCUGCCUGAGGUUUGGAUGCUGACAGGGAAAGGGGGCAGGAGCAAAGCAAUGCCCAGGCCCUGCUGCCAGGGAAGCCAGAGGUGCCCAGAGCUUUGCAGGAGCUGCCAGGGACUGGGGAUCCCCCCUUUCCCAAGGAUUGCCUUUCCAUCCCACCCAGCCCGUGGGACCUCUCACACCCCAGCCCCCUGCAAGGGGAUGGGCAGGAGAAACUGGGAGCAAAAGGGUUUAUUCUGGUAGGCAAUAAGUCAGGAGGAGAUUUAUUUUUUUAAAACUGUGUGAGUAUAGAACGUGCCCCCCCAGCCGUUUCCUGCAGGUGCUGUGGGCAAAUGCUGAAUGUGUGAAGAGUUUCUGAUAAAAUGCCCCUUUGCUUGUUUUGCACAGGUUUGCCCCAGAAAAACUCGUGGUUCAGGGGGGGGACAGCAGGUUUCUGGCUGGAAUCCAGCGUGUCCCUGAGGCUCCGCAGGGAGGAGCAAACGUUUCUGAGUGUGUGGGCUGAAUGCAGAGGACAAUCCCAGGUUUUAGGUUGGAUGCUGCCCCAAAGCAAAGGUUUCUCUCAUUUCCUCAGCACGGCUGAGGGCUGCACAUCUUUCAGGAAGCAGCAGCUCAGUCACCUGGUUGCAGUCCUGGGUCUGGUCUCAGCUCUGCACCGUGCGAAUGAGUUUUGCAAUCGCAGAUCUACACAGUUUUCUCCUUUUUUGGGGGAUUUUUUUUUUUCUUUCUGGAGGUCUGCUGAGUCCUGAGGUGCCGUUGUUGGAGCUGAACCCGACGCCUGUUCUGUUCCAAGUCCAUCCCUGACAAUCUCAAGCAAUACAGAGCCAAAUGCAGCCUUGGGGUUUCAUUUUGGGGUUUCAUUCCUCUUCCCUCGCCCUCCCCGGGGCCAGGGGCAGCAGCAGGAGCUGGGGAGGGAGUGUGUGAGUGCAUGUGAAAAAGAGAGAGAACGGCUCAAUUGAUGCAUUUCUUCAGAAAGGUGUAAGAAUUUCACCUAAAAAGGGGCACAUCUGCUUUGUUAUUUAUAUAAAAAAAAGCUAAAUUCUGUGGUUUUCUUCUUUUUUUUCUUUUUUUAAUGUAAAAGGACACUGCUCAUAAUUAUUAGGGGCCAAUUCUGCCUCUGUUGCUCAUGCUGAGUAAGCACUACUUAACUCUGCAAUUUUCUACUUGCAGAGUAAGUAAAAGCAGCAGAAUUGAUCCCUCUAUGAUUAAGAAUCAAGUUUUUAGUAUUUUUUUUAAUUGGUAGUGGUUUUUUUUAUAUUUCACUUAAUUUUCCCCCCAGUUCCGUUCUGUUGUGUCCUUAUUUAUGUAAUAUACUUUAACCUUAAGAGAUGGCAUGGAUUCUUAUGCCUUUCCUUUAUUAUUAUUGUUAUUAUUUUUAAAAAAGAAAAGAGAUUUAUUUCUAGUGUGAUUUAACUGUCUACCUUCUAAAAUGAGAGAACGUUUUCUUGUAUUUUUACAUUGUCAGAUUCUAUAGUUUCAUAGAUAAUUUAACCAAAUCGCUCAAUGUAUUCUCUAUAUCUAUCCAGUGGGUAUAAAAGUUCUAUUUUAAAUUGUGUAAAUACUUCAGAACUGGCUUCUUUUUCCAGACUCCCCUGCCGUGGAGUUUCUUGUUUACAUCAAAAAGACUGUAGAAUCUCUACGCUCAUGUACUGUAAAUAGUGAAGUGAUCUGCCUAUAAAUAAACGAUAACAUAUAUACUAUAAAGUGGAAAGAACAAAAAAAGGAA